AAAUGGAUAUUGUAAAACUGUAAAUGUAAUAAAUCAAAUACAUGCUGAAGAACUAGACCUAAUUCUGGUGAUACUUGAGAGCAUGUCGCACAUGGUGUAGCCAUGCACUAUGAACUUCGAUUAAUGAGAGAUCAAUCAUGGAGCUAAUUAACAUCCUCAUACAUUUAUUUCCAAGCAAAAACUAUGGCAAUGCCUGACGAGCACUCUCCAGUUUCUCAAGGCCGAGUGUAAUUGAGCUUAUAAAAAAUUAUUCAUGAAAGUAAAGAAGCAUGAACAUGCUGAAUCCAUCAAUCAUUUCUGAGAAUCGAAUCCAAAUAAGAAGGUGAGUAGAGUGAAAUGCUUCCUAUCCCUAUACUAGUCGCUUCAUGGGUGGCCAGUAUCAAAGAAUAUCGAAUAACAUGGUGGUCUGCAGCAUACUCAAAAGGCAAUAUUGCUAUUUCUCUCCGAAACUGUAUUCGUGUAGUUUUGAUGGAGAAUAAUGGAGACUCAAACGAGGACUAUGAUUCAUCACUACCAGCGGAAAAAUGGUGCGGAGAUGAACAACUUUAUCAAUGGAAGGGCUUUUGGUUCAGACUCCAAUACCUGCCAGGAACUCGACAGGUUCUUGACAACUUCAAGCCUCUUCCUAGUGAUGUUAUCUUAGCUUCUUUCCCAAAAACUGGCACAACUUGGCUCAAAGCUCUCUUAUAUUCCAUCAUCAAUCGCUCUUCUAGAGUCUGUUUGAGAACCACUCAUCCUCACAUGCUUGUACCAACAUUAGAAGUUCAAUUAUAUGGAGCACAACAACAAUCUUUUAGUACCUUCGCCAGCACUAGUUCACCAGCCAGGAUUUUGGCAACUCAUCUGCCUCACCAACUCUUGGCCGACACUGUCAAACCAUCAGAUUGUCGCAUGAUUUAUGUUACUCGAAACCCCAAGGACACCCUCACAUCAUUCUGGCAAUUUGUGUUGAAGUCUAGGAGUUAUGAAGAGCCAUGGCCGUUGGAGGUGGCUGUCGAGAAGUUUUGUAGUGGGGUGGUUCCUUUUGGACCUUACUAUGAUCAUGUUCUGGGGUACUGGAAGGAGAGCUUGGAGAGGCCAGAGAAGGUGUUUUUCAUUACUUAUGAAGAACUCAAAGAUGACACCAGGACUCAUGUCAAGAGACUAGCAGAUUUCUUGGGGUGUCCCUUUAAUGGUGAUGGUGAGGAAGAGGUCUUGGAUGAGAUAGUGAUAGGCUGUAGCUUUGAGAAACUGAGCAACUAUGAGGUCAACAAGUCCAGUGAGCAUUCACAAUGGAUGAAAUUGCCGUUUAGUUCCUUCUUUAGGAAAGGAGAUGUCGGGGAUCAUAGGAAUUAUCUGAACAACGAAAUGGUGGAACGCAUUGACACAAUUACUGCUGAGAAAUUUCACGAGUCAGGUUUCAUGUAUGGAAUUAAUUAGCAUUCCAUCGGAAUUUUAGAAUUCCGAUGAGAAGACAAAUAAGCCUUCCGAUAAGUUCUUUCUCUAUAAAAGGAUCGAGAUGUGAUUGUCGAUUACUAUAGAAUUUCGUUUCUUUUCUUGUAGCAAAUAGUACUUUAUAUUAUAUCAUUUCUUUUCACAUAAGAGUUAAAACCACCAUGACAUCACA